GUCGUCCAUCCGUGCAAGUCGAGGGACCAUUGGCGGCUAUUUCCUGGCCGGGAGGUCCAUGAGCUGGUGGCCACACCUCCGGAAGAACAGGAAGUUGGGCGGAAGUGAGUCCCACAUUGUAUAGGUGAAGAAGCUGAGGCGUUGAUAGAGGAAGUGAUUUUAUUGUGGUGACACAGGAUACGAAAAGGAACACGGCUCUGCCCCUAGCUGCCCCCAGCUCUCUCCCCGAGGUCUCCUUAAGCCUCCUCCCAGGCUCCAGAGCCCCUUCCUCUCCCCCUUCUCCCCUCCCAGUCAGAGAUCCCAUCUAAUAAUAAGAGUGCUCAUUGACCAAGUGCUCAUUAAGUGGCAAGCACCAUUUGUGUAGUGUUACUGGAGCCAGACAGCCAGGGAUUGAAUUCUCAUUUGGUCACUUACUAGUUCUGAGACUUGGGCAAGUUACCUAUCUGUGCCUCAGUUCACUCAUGGAUAAGAUGGGGAUAAAAGUAGCACUGAGGGUUGUGGUGAGGAUUAAAUGAGUCCCCAUACUCAGAAGGCCAGCUGGUUCCUGGAGAUGCUGCACAGGCCCUGACUGCCCUGAUCAUGCUCACCAUCAUCACUGCUCUCUACUGCCUCCAAGUGCUUGGCUGCGCCCCUGGAGAACUAACUCAGAGGUCGAUCUGGCCUGUGCUCAGUCCCUUGGCUCCUCCCUCUGCCUGGCUCGCCCUGGGGUGGUGGGAGGGCUUUUCCUUCCCUCCUGUGGGACUUCCCUAUCCCCUUCAGCUUCCUUUCUUUGGAGGCCCUCAGACCCAUGGCCUCAGGGCGGAGGUCCACACUCCCCACUUCCAGGCUUCCUUCCCACUUUCCCUUUUUUCCCACUUCACCAUUUACUCACUGGGUGACCUGGAGCCAGCGAAUUCAUCUUUCCUUACAUUAGUUCCUUCCUCUGUAACCUGGGAUGACUAAUACCCCUCCCUGCGGAUAUCUAUGGAAUUAAAUGUAUUUAUGAAUGCAGUGCCUGGCAUACAGUGGGUACCCAACAAAUAUCAGCUCCAUGCCUCCUCACUACUCAUGGUCCUCACUCCAGAUUCAUUCAGAUCACUCCCGACUCCUGACCCUUGAUCCAACUGUGCCUUGCAGAUUGGAGCAUCUCUGAUGUCCAGCAAUGUGGGCAGUGGCUUGUUCAUCGGCCUGGCUGGGACAGGGGCUGCCGGAGGCCUUGCUGUGGGUGGCUUCGAGUGGAACAUGAGGAAAUCAAGGUCUGGAGGAGACAGAGGGAUCCAUCCAAGGUCACACGGGAGGACUGGGGUCAGGUCCCAGGUCUCUUAUUUCUCUGUUCGGGGGCCUCCCACAGCACAGCACUGCCUCUGGGUGGGAAGCCGCCCCUCUGUCUACAUCCAGGACCUGGAUACCUUCUUCUUCUCCCCACUCUCCCAGGCAACCUGGCUGCUCCUGGCCCUUGGCUGGGUCUUCGUCCCUGUGUACAUCGCAGCAGGUGUGGUCACAAUGCCACAGUACCUGAAGAAGCGAUUUGGGGGCCAGAGGAUCCAGGUGUACAUGUCUGUCCUGUCUCUCAUCCUCUACAUCUUCACCAAGAUCUCGACUGACAUCUUCUCUGGAGCCCUCUUCAUCCAGAUGGCAUUGGGCUGGAACCUGUACCUCUCCACAGGGAUCCUGCUGGUGGUGACUGCCGUCUACACCAUUGCAGUGUGGCCAUGCACAGGGCAGGCAGCCAGAGAGGACCCCAAACUGGUGCUGACUGAUGAGCCCUCUCCUUGGGUCCCCAGGGGGCCUCACGGCCGUGAUCUACACAGACGCUCUGCAGACAGUGAUCAUGGCUUUCAGGACGUGGGCUGGUACCCAGGCCUGGAGCAGCGGUACAGGCAGGCCAUCCCUAAUGUCACAGUCCCCAACACCACCUGUCACCUCCCACGGCCCGAUGCUUUCCACAUGCUUCGGGACCCUGUGAGCGGGGACAUCCCUUGGCCAGGUCUCAUUUUCGGGCUCACAGUGCUGGCCACCUGGUGUUGGUGCACAGACCAGGUCAUUGUGCAGCGGUCUCUCUCGGCCAAGAGUCUGUCUCAUGCCAAGGGAGGCUCCGUGCUGGGGGGCUACCUGAAGAUCCUCCCCAUGUUCUUCAUCGUCAUGCCUGGCAUGAUCAGCCGGGCCCUGUUCCCAGACGAGGUGGGCUGCGUGGACCCUGAUGUCUGCCAAAGAAUCUGUGGGGCCCGAGUGGGAUGUUCCAACAUUGCCUACCCCAAGUUGGUCAUGGCCCUCAUGCCUGUUGGUCUGCGGGGGCUGAUGAUUGCCGUGAUCAUGGCCGCUCUCAUGAGCUCACUCACCUCCAUCUUCAACAGCAGCAGCACCCUGUUCACCAUUGACGUGUGGCAGCGCUUCCGCAGGAAGGCAACAGAGCAGGAGCUGAUGGUGGUGGGCAGAGUGUUUGUGGUGUUCCUGGUUGUCAUCAGCAUCCUCUGGAUCCCCAUCAUCCAAAGCUCCAACAGUGGGCAGCUCUUCGACUACAUCCAGGCUGUCACCAGUUACCUGGCCCCACCCAUCACCGCUCUCUUCCUGCUGGCCAUCUUCUGCAAGAGGGUCACAGAGCCCGGAGCUUUCUGGGGCCUCGUGUUUGGCCUGGGAGUGGGGCUUCUGCGCAUGAUCCUGGAGUUCUCAUACCCAGCGCCAGCCUGUGGGGAGGUGGACCGGAGGCCAGCAGUGCUGAAGGACUUCCACUACCUGUACUUUGCAAUCCUCCUCUGCGGGCUCACUGCCAUCGUCAUUGUCAUUGUCAGCCUCUGUACAACUCCCAUCCCUGAGGAACAGCUCACACGCCUCACAUGGUGGACUCGGAACUGCCCCCUCUCUGAGCUGGAGAAGGAGGCCCACGAGAGCACACCGGAGAUAUCCGAGAGGCCAGCCGGGGAGUGCCCUGCAGGAGGUGGAGCGGCAGAGAACUCGAGCCUGGGCCAGGAGCAGCCUGAAGCCCCAAGCAGGUCCUGGGGAAAGUUGCUCUGGAGCUGGUUCUGUGGGCUCUCUGGAACACCGGAGCAGGCCCUGAGCCCAGCAGAGAAGGCUGCGCUAGAACAGAAGCUGACAAGCAUUGAGGAGGAGCCACUCUGGAGACAUGUCUGCAACAUCAAUGCUGUCCUUUUGCUGGCCAUCAACAUCUUCCUCUGGGGCUAUUUUGCGUGAUUCCACAGACCUGGCUUCAGUGUAGACAGAUUAAACAAAGCCCAAGCCUGUCAGCCACAGAAACAGGCUCUCCUCUUACUUUGCUGUCUAAACUGGAGACCACAGAAGUCAAGACUGCAAGCUCCCCUGAAGAGAAUCCAACUCAACCUGCACACUUGACAAGUGGAGAAACAGAAGCCCAGAGAGAGCACUGGGUUUGUUCAGGACCACCCAGAAGGUGUCACAUGGGGUUUCCCCACUCUUUCUGAUAUAUUGCCUUACAGACCUACCUCAAACACACUGUUUCCACCCUCUUCUUGAAUGUAUUCAGUAGCCUUUACUGAAUGUGUGUCUUGAGAGUAGAAAAGUGGAGGAUACAAGAAAAGGAGCAGGAAGAAAUUUGCAAAAAUCCAAGAGCACCUUUGCUCCCUCUUAUCCUCCUUCCUCUUCCCCUUUCUAGUUCCCCUACCUCUCUAUCUUUCUAUUCUCACCAAUAAUCUAUUUGUUGCAUGAAUUUACCCAGGAGAGUCCUAUAUUUCCAUUGGUGGCUCCACAGUGGUGGCUGUCAGCCCCAAAGGGGUGGGGAGCCAAGGGUGGACUUUAAGCAUGGUGACAGAUGGUAUUUUGGGCAGAAAGCUCUUAGACAAUGGACUAUCCAAAGCACUAUUUAAAUUCUGCCUCUUCCUACUCUCUAACCCAAAUAUGCACGAACUCUCUAUGGCCUUGAGAAGCAGUUGGAGAGACAUGACUUGUUAAAACCUCAAGGAAUCAAGACAUGUUACUCUGUAUUUAAGGGUAAGCCCCACAGCGGGCAGCACAAACAGCCUGGGAGCCACUGUGCCUGUGCUUCUCUGUCCUUCUCCCUUUGCUUGCCAUGAAUCCGCAUACCUUGGAAUACACUGUGACCCCAGUUAAGUGUCCCUUUGCCAGGAAGCUGCCGCAACGUCCAGACCUGGGUCAAGGUCCCACUCCUGCUCCCAUAGCCUUGACCUGCUUCUGUCACAGCACUGAUCACACUGAGAUGGAAGACUCCAGGGGGCAAGGACCAAGGGCCAUAUCCCAAGUGACUUUGUACCCAGAAAAUAACAGCUGUUCAAUAAAUGUGUAUUGAGUUAAUUA